CUCCCUCUUCUUCCUCGGUGGCUCGCCCGCCGAACCCAACGUUCCCCAACCUGAUCAACCGCCCCCCGCCGUCUAGGGUUUCGGCCCCCGCCCUCCUUCCCCAUGGCGAAGGUCAAGCGGUCGACGCCCGCGGCCGCGGCAGUGCCCGCGGCCAAGGCCAAGGCUAAGAGCUCGGCGUCCGCGGGGCCGGCGGAUACGGCCGCGAAGGUCCCCGCGGCGGAGGCGUCGCCGCCGGUUGUGAUCGAAAUCCCGUCGUCCCCCGACAUGUCCGUGGGGGUAGGCCCCACGGGGGGCAGCGGCUCCAAGAAGAAGGGGCGGAAGAGGGCGGCGCCGCUCGUCCUCGACGACGAGAUCGAAAUGUGGUCCCCGCAGCAGAAGCGGCGACUCGACGAGGAAUGCCAGAUUCUCUCUGAGGAUCCCCUCUCAGCCACCACCAAGCUGGGCCCCGCCGCCUCCGCCAAUGACGAAAUCGCGGUCGUCGCUGAGCGGGGCAAGGUGGCGUGCAGAGAUUACCCACAUGCGAGGUCUGCUUGCGCCAAGAACCCAUUUAGCACUACGCCUCAUGAGCGUCACUGUGACAAGUGUUUCUGCUAUGUGUGCGAUGUCGCUGCUCCAUGUAUGUCCUGGAAGGGUCAUGAAGGGCACUGCCACGCUUCAGAUAAGGACAGGAAGUGGAAGACUAAGAGAUUGAUGAUGAAACAGGCGAUGUAAUUGGCCAAGUCAAAUUGAUCCUGACUCUAGGUCUGGCAAUUGUCAUUUUGCAAGCGUUCAUCAGCUUGUUCUGAUAGGAACGUUAUUUUGCAGCAACUUGUACAGAGGGUUAGUACCCGCGAUAGAUCCUGUCUCAAAUGCAGGAUCAAUUUAAUGAAUGCUGGUAGCCUAUCACAAACUGAAUGAAAGGUGUAAUAUGAGCAAAACAUCUUGUGUUAAAUCAAAGUCCAUCAUCCAUGCGCCUCCUGGUUUCUGAGU